AUGAAAGGAAAAAUGUUAACGAAGUAAACUAAUCAAAAAAUUUUUUCAAUUUUAACAGCAUCAUUAGUUAUUUUAUAUACCAAUGCAUUUUAGUAUAAUGUGGAUUUAUCCAAAAGAUUAGCAUCUUAUUCUUUAGUAUCAUAUUGUUCACACAAUAGGCUUUAAGAUUGGUCUUGUGGUGAAGCCUGUUAAAGAGUGGAACCUUUGAAAGAUUUAAUUAUAUAUACAAAUUAAAAUGAUUCAUCUUAUAUGAUGGGUUAUGAUUAAUAAGAAAAUGCCAUAUCCAUAAUUGUGAAAGGAACUAAUCCUUGGUGUAUAGAUGAUUGGGAAAGUGAUUUGACAACAGAAAAAAUAGAUUAUCCAAAAUGUGAAAGUUGUUAAGUUCAUAAAGUUUUCUAUUAAACCCUAUUAGACAUGCAAGAAUAGCUUAAAAAAGAUUUUUUAAAAAUAAGAUCAUAGCAUCCUUAAAGUAAAAUAUAUGCAACUGGAUAGAGUUUAGGAGGAGCUCUUGCAACAUUAAUAGUUCCAGAAAUAUAUUUAUUGAAUGGAAAAAAACCUAUUGAUGCUUUUUAUACUUUUGGAAGUCCUCGCGUAGGAAAUUUAUAGUUCAGCUUUUGGUAUACAUCUAAAUCAUAUUUUUCCAAAAUUAGUGCAAGAGUAACUAGUAAUAAAGAUAUAGUUGCUUAAUUACCACCCAGAUCUUUUCCUUUUUUGUACAUGCAUAUUGGCCAUGAGGUGUUUUACAAAAAUUUCUCAAAUUUACAUGAAUUCAUAAUGUGUGAAAUACCAGAAGACUAAGAAUGUUCAAAUCAGUAUACUUUAGAUUUCAGUAUGAAAGAUCAUGGCAGCUACUUCGGUUGGAAUUGGGCAUUUGAUAUUUUUACUUGCUGA